AUGGAUUCCUCACAAAACCCUGUGGUAGCCAGCCUGCUGAAAUCCCUCAUUACCUCCACUCUAAUACCGCCGACGGCAACACCAUAUGCUGCCUCCUAUUCAUACAGUACCCCCUACCCCACACCAACCUUUACGCCGUUACCAAAGGACCAUAAUGGUGAUGACAAUGGGGAAGCUGAAUGGUCGUCCCUUAUCGGCAUUGUGACUGCUUUGGUUGGUAAUGUUUUGAUAUCUGUCGCUCUAAACAUCCAGCGCUAUGCGCACAUCCGAAUCGCACGCGAAUAUGAGCUCAGAAAGACGCAGAAAGAAACCGACUGGCGAAACUCACAGUUGGGAGCAGACACACAUAGCUCGUAUGGGACGGUGCGAAGUAAUGGCACUCGGACCCAAAAUCGGGGAAGAUUGCGGGAUCAACACGAGCGCAGCGAUUUUGAAGCGUAUUGUGACGAAAUAGACAAUCCUCCCAGAAAUGCAGUUCGGCGGAAAUUGGCUCAAAGAAGUUCGAGAGGAGAAUCUUCUACAUCCGAUCGCACUUCCCGCACUGAUGGAACUGAUAACGGGAAAAAGAAGUCGUACCUUCGUUCCCCAUAUUGGUGGGCGGGUAUUGUACUUAUGACUUUAGGAGAGAUGGGCAACUUCAUGGCGUAUGGAUUUGCGCCGGCGUCUAUUGUUUCCCCUCUGGGUGUUGUUGCGCUGAUCUCGAACUGUAUUAUUGCGCCGUGCCUACUGAAGGAACAGUUCCGCAAGCGAGAUCUAUGGGGCGUGUUGAUCUCUAUAGCUGGUGCUGCGGUUGUUGUGCUUAGUGCUAAUUCUUCGGAGGAGAAGCUUGGCCCUGAUGAAAUCUUGGAAAGGAUCACUACAUGGGAAUUCGAGCUUUAUUUCGGUUUGACUACUGGGCUGAUCAUCGCACUGAUGUGGAUCAGCCAUCAGUACGGUCGACAGUCAAUUUUCAUUGACGUUGGGCUAGUGGCGCUGUUUGGCGGCUAUACGGCAUUGUCAACUAAGGGUGUUUCCUCCAUGCUCACCUUUACUCUAUGGCAUGCCAUUACGUUUCCUAUCACCUAUUUGCUUGUCUUUAUCCUCGUGGCCAGUGCUUUGAUGCAAGUUCGCUAUAUCAAUCGUGCAUUGCAGCGCUUCGACUCUACUCAAGUGAUCCCGACUCAGUUUGUCCUCUUUACUCUGUCCGUGAUAAUUGGAAGUGCAGUACUCUACCGUGAUUUCAAUUCCAUGACGGUUGGUCGUGCCGCCAAGUUCAUUGGGGGUUGUCUGUUGACAUUCCUGGGAGUGUACUUUAUCACAAGUGGCAGGGUCCGAUCUGACGACGAGUCAUCAUUUUCAAGCGAAGACGAAGAGGGUUCUAUUGGCUUGAUGGAUUCACAGCUCUAUCGUGAUAGCUUUGAUCUAUCACCACCUUUGCAAAAGUCCUUCAAUACACCUGAGAUCAACGGCAAUGAUAAUCGAUCCCCGCCUGUAUCUCAUCGAAACUACGGUCUAGACGGGGGAGAUGCCAACGAGCACACACCUCGAGGCGCUGUUUCUGCCACACCUUCUUCUCCCAUUGAAUCAUUGACAGCUGACUCAGCGCUUUCAGAGGCCUCGUUGGAGCAGCCCUCGCCAUUGCACGCUCCAUCUCACAUGACAAACCCCUGGGCAGAUUUCGAAGAUCAGACUGUCCUGACACCUGCAUCUGACCCAGAGAUUUACCGCACUUCUACUCCUCCACAAGCGGAAGAUGAUGUUCAAGAGUCAACGGUGCUUCUUCGAUUUCCCCCAGCACCCGGCAUUGAAGAAGGUUCAUCAAGCGCCGCGGCCGCAGCCUUCCGAAGAGCCUCAACUACGACUGCAGACCAGGUCAUUUCUGCCGACCGAGCACAAGCAAAUAUUGAAACACCUUCACGGCGUGCUUUACGCAACUCUAUCUCCAACCGCUUCUCACCCGGCCCGCUUUUCCCUACUCUCUCAGCUGGUUUCAGUGCUGUAGUUGCAGAGUCUAUUCGCCGCGGGGAAGUCAGUCCUUACAAAGAUCGUAGACGGAAGGCAGGCCGUCGAAGACAAAUUGAUGGUGCUUACGGAAGUCAGAAUAUUCGAUACCAUGAUGAAGAACUAGCACCUUUUCAUGAUAGUUCGAUAACGGACGCUUCUGAGCUACUUCAAUCAGCCACAAUCCUGCCAGGUCUAUCUCCAGAUGCUGGUCGGUCUACCAACGAAUCGGAUCAGGUCACUCGUCUCCGCAGCUUCAGUGACUCAUUGAAUGGUGGCCUCGCUUGGCUGGGUGGUGCACUUCGAAGGAAUUCACAGGUCCCAACUGCUGAUAGCGUUGCGCUGACCCAAGAAUCUGCAAUGCCGCAGAACGCCGGGACACCAUCUCCCCAGGGCGGUUAUUUCGAAGGUACAACUUCCAAUGCCAACGCGGAUCAAUCAUAG